AGGCACACCUAGUGGAAUGUGUUGCUUCUUUACUCCCAGUAUGCAAAUCUCAACUGAGACCAGCGAAAAUUCUACUUAGUUCUUCAGUUGUUCUUCAAGUUUCCUUUUUCAAGAGAGCGAUAGAGCCAACCAAGUUUGUGUUAUUGAAUAUGUCAUCGCAGAAGUACAAGGUUAAAAGGUAAGUUAAUUCUACAAAGCGCGUUUGCAAGCUCGACAAAGCGAUAAAUAACAACCACAGUCAAACUCGGUACAGCACGAGUUCUCUCGGUAUGUAGAGAUUUACGAGCUAAGACAGGGUGAGCUAAACAGGAAUAAUCGAAAGUUAUUCCGAUGAAAUUUGUCUACUUAUGCAUUAAGCAACAAGUUUGCCAAUUUUACUUAUGCAAGAAAAAUAUUGAUGCAAGGCUAUCAAUGAAUAGAUAUAUCACAAUAGCAUCGAUACACAAGUUAUCACAGGACUUUUAAAUUGAUCUGAGAGCUUCUGAGCCGUGGUGUUUAGAUAAAUGCAGUUGAAUUAAAGACUUAUCCAGAUCACUCGUCAUCAGCAGUCGUUCAUAAGAACAUGGAGCACAGCUGUUGUUUAAGAUGUUUCGCUAUGUUUGUAUGUUAUUCUUUAUCAAUAGAAAAUCUCAUUGAUCCGUAGAAAGACAAAGAGAGUUUGAGAAAUUAACUUAGCCUGAAAACGGCCUUUGAACGAGGACCGACAGCACGUUCUUGUUACUUUCCCAUUGACAUGGGCCAUGCUGAUAAUUUUCAUAGCCCCAUCACUCAGAAACCUGUUCGAUCCUGACUUUUCUCGAUUAGUAUUUAUUAUUAUGCUGCUCUCUGUCCGCUGUUUUCUCGAAGAGCUUUUAAUAGGGUGAAGGUCACCAAGACUUGUACAAAGUCCGGAAAAGAGGAGGAAUCUGUUCACAGUUGUUUGCCAUUGUUAAUCGAAUUAAGUUUUAAACUCUCAAAAGAUAUGUCUUCAUUUUUGACCAAAAUUGAGCGAAGACUUAAAACUAUUGGCUUACCGCAUGCAAAAAGAGAAACCUCAACAUACUGGGAACUAUUCAAUUAAACAAAAUAUACUUGGGUUGGAAUUUAUAAACAUUAGAUGCAUCGAUAGUCAGUACUCUUAUUAUUAUUCUUAAGGUAAGUGCUAUUUGAAGUUCAAAAAGUGAUAGUAUACUACAACAACUGGUUUCGUAGACACUAAUUUGCGGGUAUCAAAGGUAUGUUAGACAGCCGAGCAAAGGUUCCAGGGUUUUCCAAAAGCUAAAUGUUCAAUGGAUUGGAAAAAACAAUUGUAAUCCUAAUGAACAGAUCGCACAAUGCCUUCAUGCCUCUACCUAAUGCAACCACGAUUUUAUAAUAUUCUUCCUCAGAAAAAUUAUUAUAAGAAGAAGGACAACUGCAUUUGUAGUCGAUCGCAAGUAACUAACUUUUCCUAGAAAAUCUAGUUUAGCAUUAUUAAUGAGAAAUACUUGGUACAAACCGCAGAAUAAUUACGGAAAGGUACUUUAUUCCAAAUAUCAUCACGCGACUUAAUAAACUCUGCUACUGAUGCCAAAAGGAGAUUGUAAUUGAGACGAUCAACCAUUCUAUCAAAUUGUUUGAAGUUUAUCAAUUAAAAAUAAUUAUCAGCUCACUUGCAGAAAGAGCCAAUUUGACUGCCGCUUAACUUUUUGAUUGCCUUUUUUAAAGUCUGCAUGAGUAAUUUAAUUAUGUUUGGGAAAUACGUCUACUCAGUUGCCUGCUCUUGCUGUUUUGCUUCAGCUCUCUUCCGUUUUCGUUGGUGUACUUUCUCUUUCGGAAAAUUUCACUCUAAUUCACGCGAGUUGUUGCCCAUAAUGACGUAAUGAUUUGCAACAAAUUUCAUCUGUAAGUUAAAACAGGGGCAUCUUCCUCCCUCCUCUUUGAGAAAAAGUGCUAUUUCAUCUGGAUCCUUUGACUUUAUGUACUUACUGGAUAUCUAUCUCCACUGUCUUCAAACGCUAAAGCCUUGAUUCGUAAAUCCAUGCUCUAAAUUAUUAGCUAGCUGACAGAUACAGCUAACGAGCUCGGAUAAUAAUGUGAACUCUAACCCUAAAUUUUGCUUCUUUCGACAGUGCUGAGCAAUUUGCCGAAGAAUUCAAAGGGAAAGUGGCGGCAUUUAGCCGAACACUACGAGGCCUAGAGGAUAGAGCUAAGAAAUGUGAAUCUUUAAAGUCUCUUGUGAGUAGAUUUCGCUGUGCCUUGUUAACACACAGCAGUUGUUGUUGUCUUUAGGGCCUUUAUGUUAGAGUACUUGUUCAAAUCCCUUUUUUUAGGACAAGGGAUCCACCAAAACAAUUGCUUACGAGGAUGGAGACAAAAAGUACAUGCUUGAUUGGCAGCCCUAUUUGAAUGACUGCAAAAGAAGAUUGUCGAGGUAUGAAUCUUCAAAACUGUAAACAGCCAAUUUAAAUGGCUUUCAUUAUUGCCCGUGUUUCGUGGACUUUCAGCGACCCCUCUACCAAUUAAAACUGUUUUGACAACUGCUCAGUAUAAAAAUUGGUAUCUCCCUAAGUUACUACUUUUUUAUUCACACUGACGUCAUUAUUUUUAGCAUUAGGGUUUCCGAUGUAAUGCAACCACUUAUACCAGAAGUAGGUGUGCUUCUUGACUGAGCCAAGAAAGCAUUUGAAAAAAUUUGUCAAAACGAAAGUGUUACUUGGGUCCCUUGAUAGAUGUGGGCAUAGAUGAUCGAGCUAGUAAAUCCUUCUAAUGUCAUAAUGUCGGAGUUGACUGCAGUUGGUGGGGGUGCAUUUAGAACUUUAUCAGCAUUUACUUUAUCCAGUAUAUAAUUAUUAUUGGUCGGUGAAAGACACGAUUCUUAAAUAGUUUAUUAAGCUGGUUGAAAAGUUGGAAAAAGUGCUUUGAACUUCUGGAAAGCAAUUCAUACUUGUCACAUGGCAGGGUUCACUUUAAUAACCGGAAGUACCCAUUCGAGUUCCUGAAAAACGCGACCUCACAUGGACAAGUGUCAAAUAAAACAGCAAACGAGUCACCUCUCUUAUCUUCAAUAUUAUUUUUUAAAGAUCUUUAGAGAAAUUGAAGGAGAUCCAGAAUCAUAGAAAACAGAGAAAAAUUUCUUUUAUUGGCUCCAUCAAAGAGGCUCUUCCUUCCUGGUCCAAAAAGAAAAAUCCUAAACAUCUUUUGCUUUAUCAGCUGAUAAAUGACACAGAAGAUUAUCAGGUAAGCAAACUCUGACCAGCAGUAUCACUGAUUUCUAAAAUAUAUAACAUCAAAAUGCAAGGGAAAAUAGGAACUUAGUGGUUAGGUUUUAUCUCAUAUUCUGAUCCUUGAGGUAAAUGUCUUUCGUCAUGAUUUCUGACCAUCUUCAUUCCUUAAUCAACCAUAUAUCUUUCACAUACUCGUUUUGUUCCUUUCAUAUUCUGAUUAUCAUUUUAGUUUAAUGUUCAGGCAACGACCACAUAUAAAGAUGUUAUAGUAUCAUAGCGACAUUACCUCCAUGUUUUCGUGUUGAAUACUACAUGUACUCAGAUGCAUUUCAUAAUCGCUUGAGCCGUUGGAUAGUGCACUUUACUUAAGAAGAACAAAGUGUCGCAACUGACAACGGAUGGUAAAAUGCGUGAGCGCUUAUCCCUUCUUUAAAACAGUGACCAACGUGUCAGUGGCACAUUACUUAAAAACGUUUCAACGCUUCGGAAUAUUCGUUCAUUCGAAACCAUUGUUAUUACAAACAAAAUCAGGCUUGAGGUUUUUUGAAAUAUGUUAUAAAUUGUGAGAGUUAUAUAUUGUGAGAGUGUGAUUCUUAAAUUUCGUAUUGCAUUUCAAACUAUCAAUGCAUUGUUAGUUGACUAUGAGGAUGGAGAUAUUAUUUGUUAAGUGUGCCAGAAAUUACGUCAUUGUCACCUUAAUCCCAAUCUUUACAGAACUUAUUAACGGACAUCGUGAAUCAAAUCAAGCCAGCAGAUGACCUCACAAGUCUGGUAAACAAAAUAUUUCAAGAACGAGACUCUAAUCAGAAUGAUGAAAUAACGAAAGAACUGGAAGGCAUAACGAUCAGGUGGAAUUCACUUUGUCAAAAUGUGAUCAACAAAAGUGGCAGGUAAAAGUAAUUUCAUGCUUUUCCUUAAAAACUUCUUCUUUCUGCUUUGAUGUGAUCGAAAAACGUGACGUGUGAAAGUAAGUGAGCAAAAAAGAUUUCCAAAGUGGUACCUUUAAGGGAAAUAGAGUGAUUAAUUUUUAUAGGGUAUCCUACCUGAUAUACUGCAAGUAGGUCACCUUAGUAUUGCCUAGAGUUAUGAGCCGUGAAAGACAAGACAUCGUUUGAGCGAGAAAGCACAGUGGCCCUUACGAGGCCUGAGAGCGAAGUAAGACAGAUGAACUCUGUAGCAACCCACUUUGUUACCUUGUAUCCCAGCGCUAAUUUAAGCCAGUUGUGCGUGUUAACUUCCAGGUCACAAAAUGAUUAUGUGAUGGGUAUACCCAUCAUCAAUAAGCCAUUUCCGAAUUACAUUUGGCCUCUUUUUAAAACGAGGCCUGUUGCUCAACGAUUGGUAUGAAAAGAAUUUACUUUGCAUAUGAACGAAAAGUUACAAUCAUAUGAAGGGAUGAGCACCAGGACUCGCUUUGAAAAUGAGGCCAACGGUAAUUCGAAAAAGGCCUAUUGUGUCGAGAAUGGACCGAGGUGUGUAUAUAGAUUUCAUGGAAGGAUGAGCGAAAAGUUCAGUAGAACAAACUAGCUCACCAAGUACUGACUGCGAGGAACUAGCUCACAUUGCAUUUCCGAGUUACCGAUAAAAUCCUAGAGAUCAUUUUCCUUUUAGUCUUGAAUCUGUUGGUUUGGAGGUGGAUCGUGAAUACAAGAAUCUGAAUAAUUGGUAUGAGAAAUAUGACACCUUAAACACCUGGCUGCAUCUUAACGAAAAGGUUCUGGACGAAAAAAGCCCUGGGAGUACAACAGCUAUCAUCAAGGAACACUUGGAGAAAAAUCAGGUACUUUUUGAAAACAAAGCUACAAAUAACACAUGACACUAAGAACAAUAAGAAAAAGCAGAAAAAACAAGCACGAAAAACAAAGAGUCCGAAGUAUAGCCCCCCCCCCCUCGCCCCCCCAUAAAAAACAAUAGGUAAGUUUUGCUGCAUGAGAAGUAACGAAAGUAACAUCUGUCCGAUAUAUGAGAUUUCCAACUACAAGGCCAUUUUUCCAUUUAAAAGGAAUUACGAAAUUGACAACUUCUUCCUUACAAUGGUUAACGAGUAAACAAUGGAAAUCUCGCGGAGUUAGUAAUGAAUGUGACUUAUUCCAGGAGCAGCUCAAAAAUGUGAAAGAUCGCAAACCCAAUUUAGAGGAAGUGGCUCGGGAAGCUGACUCACUUCUAGAAAGUAGCCGCUUAGAUAUGGGAGAUGCAGAAAGGGUGGAACGAUACAAAGAAGAAUUGAACACCAGAUACACAACUCUCAUUGACAGGCUCAUGGGAACCCAGAACAGGUAAGGGAAUAAAAACGAAAGAAGCUAGCAAUCAAUGAGUACAAGCGAUGUUGAGCUAAUUCCACCCUCUAAAUACCCUUCAGAUAUCGAAGUUUAUGGUAUUUCGAAAUACCAUAAUCCACGUCCCAUGUGGUUUCUUCCUUUUUCACUUUUAAUAAGUCAUCUCGAAUCAUCAAACUCAAAGAAAGUAACUGGAAUUUAAAGGAAGCCUCUGAGUGGAAACCGUAUACUGCAUCAACUCAGAACUACAACUUUGAUUCGCUGAGUUUUAUAUCUGGGAGGGGGCAUGAUAUGCUUGCGCUGUAAGUAAAUAAUAUCAAAAAAAGCGGGUGGUACUGCGUUACCUCGAACUUUUUUUCUGGUUUCUUGGAAGGUCGAUUCAACCCUUCAACCUCGAAGAGUAAAUGACUUUUAAUUUUUCACUACAGUAUAACCUUUGAAUCAAAAUUUAUGAGAAAUUAGGAUACAGGAUUAUUUAAGGAAAAUUUUGUCUGAGUCUGAUAUUAAGUGUUGUCAACAGGUUACAUAACAGUAUGCAUGAACUAAGAAACGUUCCCAAAGAAACGGUAGAAAAGACAGAAACGGCCAUCGUGGAGGCUUCACUGGAACCAAACCACAAGGUAUGGGCUAGGCGGCGCAAUUUAUCUUUAAUGCAAAGUGUUAAGCCUAAGAUCAUUCUGCACUGAGUAGGCGCAUGGCUUAUGGAAUCUAUUUGUUAAGUAAUUCAUUUAUUGCACCAUGUUGAAUUUACAAUGCCUUCCCACAUCCCUUUCAUAUCAAGUCACCACCAAAGAUCAUUUCACCGUUCCAUAAAGAAGAUGAAACUAAAAGCAAUGAGCAGAGAGUAAAAGAUUCCAUGACAGCUGUCAAGAAGACUAUUGCACAAGAAGAUAGGUGGAUUCUAAAAACUAGGACAGAGGGUGGUAAAGCAAGGUUAGUGUUUGCUAAAGCAGAGGAAAAUCUCAAUGUUAGGCUGGAGACAAGAACUGAGACGAUGGCAUUUUGUCACCACUGCACGAGGACAAUGCCUUUACAAUAGUUGGCAGGGGACUUUGGCACUUACCAAGUUUUGAAUGGAAUUUUUUCUAGUGCCCCCAAUUGGAAAAAAGGAUUUGUUUUGGAAACUAGGCUAUACCUCAACACUGGGAGUUACUUUCCCUAUUCUUCUUGAGAAAUGCUUGGGUUCUUAACUUACCCUGCUAAUCAGCACAGAUACGAUGUAGAAGAAGGGCCUAAGCGGUUUAUCGUACUUAUCCGAGAUGAUUAGAACGCCUAACCGUUUGCAGAUGUCAUAGCAAAGGCAGCGCAUUCUCCUCACUUAUCUUGGACCCUAAGUGUUGGUCCGUCUGUGGCUCGAACCUUGGACCUCAUGUAUGAUACUUUAGGGCUAAUUUCAUAAUUAUUCAUCCGACAGGAUUCAAGAAGAGACUACGAAAGCAUUUGAUUCGUCGCUGGACCUUUGUUCGAAGGCGCUGAAUGAGCUGGACGAAGAAUCGCUGCAAAAGUUUUCAGCUGCUGGUUCAAACAUUAAAGAAGUUAGGGAGCAGCUCGAUGAAAUACAGGUAACUAAAAAAAAGAACAAAAAUAACCAUACCAUGACUAACGCCGCUUGUAAAAAAAACGUAUUUAGACGAACCUAUUAUAUAUCAAAUUAUAUAAAAUACUUGAGAAUUUUUUCCUAAAAUAACCCCCUCCUUUCUGCAAAAAAGGAAAAAAAUUUAGACAGAAAAAAGAAUUCAAGGGUAAGAGGGAGCGGUUUGGGGUACGCUUCUCGUCUUGUUAUGUUACUGCGUCGCUAUUUAUUUAAUUAAAUGUCGGUUUUCUCAAUAAUAUUUCUACUAUCCUUCUAAUUUAUAAGCUAGUACCAAGACCCUACUUUCCAUAUAUCUUCACACGUUGCUUUUGAAAUUUGAGAUAUUUGAUGUAAAAGGCCCAAACUUACAUUGAAAAUUAGUUAAUGACCUCAGUCGCCUAGGGGUUAUUUAGUACUCAAUCCCACAGCAAACUGGAACCUGCAGAGACUCGAGUCUCACGAGAAUUUCGGGUUGUGCUAUUUCUCUUCCUCUUAACUAGUAUUUGGUAUAUCUCUCUUGAUAUUUGAACCAUUUUCCAGGAUCUGGAACGAAAAAUGUCCAAGGAGGAUGCUUCAUUUCGUUCGGUGAAGGAAACGUUUGAAGCAACUGAGGGGAAAACAUUGAUGAAACAGGAAGCUCGCGAUAGGCUGCAAAGAAAAGUUAGCGAUUUGAACUCCAGAUGGGAGGAGAUGUGGCGUUCUCAUGACGUUAACAAAGACCGGUACGUGUCACUUGACCUCUGAAAAUCAAGAUAUUUUUUUACCGCUAGAUGUUAUUUGACAAAAACAUGUAAACAUGCUGAAUUGUCGAAUAUCUAGCGGAAACCUUCUGACCAACUUAGCAGGAGCUUAUGAAUGAAUCACCUUAAUAAUCUCUACCAGCUAGCUCCCAUUGUUAGUCUGGUAUCAGACUGAGUAAAUGUCUCUAACUGCCAUUAGGGUAUCGUAAACGUGGACCCUUCUUCUUCCUGGAGGGACAAUGAACGACCUCGAGAAUUAGAUGGGGUCUUUAAUCGGACACAGCAUAAGCCAUAUUAGGCUGGAGUUUCUGAAAGGCCAGCGGCACAUACCCAACGCAAAUUCUUUUCUCUCCCCCCCCCUUCUUAAUCUUAAUCUAGUAAUGCAAUAUCUCUCCAGAGUGUGGAAAAGAGUUUAUAAGGGACACGUGAUUGAGGCCAAAAUUAGCAAAUGACGCGUAAAUAUUACAGAGGCAGACGUGAUUCGUAAAUAAUUUAGCAGCGUGAGGCGUUAUUUACCUCAUGAAAUAAACGUGAUCCGUUGAUUUCUUCCGUCAUUUUGUCAAAACCUCAAUAUUUCCCUGAAAACUCGAACGCAAGAGUGAGAUUUGAAGCUUUCCCUUUUAAAGACGUGACGCGGAGACGAAUUCCCUUGCUACAUCUACCCUCUCUCUAUUCUGAUAAACCAAAAAGUAGAUAAAAUUGUACAAAGGUAGGGAAAAAUCUUUUAGAAAAUAUUUUCAGGGAAAUAAUUUUGUCCUCAUUUGACUUCUUUUCCAUCAUUUUUUAAUCUUUAUGCACGCAUUUUAGCUUGGUACAAGCCAUUUUGAUCAUGGGUGGAGAGUGGAUGGGGAGAGUGAAUGAAAACCUUGAUGACCUUGAAGAGGAUAUCAAAUCAAUCGAAAUCAAAGAUGACGAUUGGAAGUCUCUGGGUGACUCGGAACAGAAACACAAGGUACGAAAACCGUUGGGCUGGUCACAAGGAGUAGAGGAGUUAAACUUGAAUCACAGUAUUGCCAGUAAAUUUAGACAUACGACUCGGACCUUCUGAUCGGCCAGUAAUAAAUGCGACGGCACUUCUUGUUUCUAAAAAGCCCAAAGUAAGAAAUGUAAGCGGUUUUUGCCUUAAGGAGGGGAUUUCAAGAGUCUGCAAAGUGAUCACAUGUGUAGCAUUUCCAGUGUGGGAAUGACCAAUGUGACAAUGGAAACUGGCUGUUCAAGCGUCUAAUGAAUACAAUCCACAAUAAUCUGCUGAGAACCAAUUAUUCUUUCAACUUCUCAGAAUAAUUUAUCAGUACCUCCUAUGAUUUCUUUGAUUUUAAAAUUCAGGAAAUCAUGGACAAGAUAGGGUCUUAUGAGGUUUCGGUGGGUGGAGCUGUGGAUGUAGCCAGAGAGGUUCAGCGGCGGGAUCUGGUAACCGAGGAAACUGGUGAGACUAUUACGCAUGAAACAGAGGAACUAGAGGACAGACUGGAACGACUGAAAGCUGAAGCUGACGAAAAAAAGAAAAGGUUUGGAGCAAAAAAAAAAUUUUCUUACUUAGAUGAGAAAUUCAACAUGAACAAAUUUCAUCACUAUUAAAAUACUAAAGAAAUCUUCAAUUAGAUCAGUUUUCAAAUGAGUUUCGAAAAACAAAACCAAAUUAUUUACAAUAGCCAAUCGGAGAAUAUCAACAUAAUCGUAAGUUAAUGAGAACUCGAAAAAAAAAUUAAAAAAAAAACAGGCAAAAUUCAUGAAAUGCACGAAAAUGCUAGUAACCGAGUCACCAUUGAUUUUAGUUUGGAUCUGAUUGGUUGAGAAAGUGAUGCAAGUAUUCCGACCUAAGUGAGGCAAGAACAAAGAAAUCAUGGAUUAUUUUUGACUCCCACUUUAAACUGCUCUUAGUUCCAAACGUAAUCCGAAAUAACAUAAGUCCUGCUUCACUUCUCUCUCUAUGGUAGGUCCAGAAAAAUCAUGGCACCAUCAAAACCAGUCAAAUGCCUUAGCCACCUGUUUAUAGCGUUUUAGGCAGUUUCGUGUGAUUUACUCCGAUAUCUAAUUUUCAUAUUUACCUAUGCUCUGAUUGGCCUCUGUAAACAAAUUUUGGUUUGGGUUCUACGACCCAAACGCAUUCUACCUCUCAGGAUCGCAGAUUCCUUGCGUAAGAUUGAGCAUUCUACUGCUGUCCAAGAGAUUAUGGUGCCCUCCAGUGUAUCAGUUGCCCACUCAGCUCCCGAUCAGGUUAAUGGAGAUUCUGAUGAAGGAUUUGUGGAACCAAAGCGACACCUAUUUCAGAGAAAAGUUACGUACGAGGUAAGAUAAUAAAUUAUUGGCUAAAGGCAGAUGAAAUACUUGCAAGUGAGAUGUCGAACCUCACUGCAUGCGAGGCAUGGAGUGGUUGUCAUGAAUAUAAAUAGGUGAAAGACAUAUGCUCUUAAAUUGUUUGUUUGCUUGUUUUUAUUGUUUAAUCAUUUCGAUUCUUUUCUCAUGCCACAAACUAAUAGUACUUAGUACAUUUUUAGUCGAUCAUAACCAAGAAAAUGAAAGAGUUGAAGAAAGAAAGCAAGGCGAUGAAUGCAUGGAUGGACGAAACUGAAAAACUUGUGGGUUCACUACGAAUAGACAUGGAUCCAAAAAAGGCCUCCAGGGUGCAGCAGAAAAUUGACGUAAGUAUGCAGACAGCCCUAUAAUUUAUUAAAAUUAAGCGCUGAUCUUUGCAAUUUAUUCAGCUACAUAGAAAAGGUGGUCAUGAUCAGAUGUUUCGACAGGAAAUCACCAAAUUUAGAAUGCUGGUCAGCAAACUGUUUGAAUAUCCAUCCGAAAUUUGAAAUUUUCAGUUUAUCGUCCGUUAACUGACUGACGGGCCUCUCGGGAGAGGAUCAUUAUUGAAAGGAUUGAGCGUGGGAUGGACGAACGGACGAAUGGACAGACGGAUAGAUUAAUUUUGGUUAUUAGAUAUGUUUUCCGCAGAGUUACUUUGACAUAGUUUAUCUAUAGCCCGGAACUUGAACUUUUGGUUUCAGGCACGACUGGGAGAGGUCAACGAAAAACAGUCAAAGGUAAACCGCGUCAUCCAGCUUAGCAAGGAGAUUGAGAACGAGACCAUUGACCCAACGGUUAAUGAACCUUUCGUGAAGGAAGCCAAGGCUCUUGAGGAAAGGUGGGCCAAGAACAAGGAAUUGCUUGAAAAUCAUGGAGAAAGAGACGCUGCCAGCAAAGCCUCGUCCGGAAGCUGCUGUAUUCUGUUCUUGAAAAAAAGAUUGUUACCAGUGUGGUCAUACAAUUAACUGUAGAUGAUAAUGAAAGCAGAUAUUCCAGCCCUUUAACCUUGAAUAGCAAGAUAUAUACUCACCGAAUUACAAGGUUGAUUUUGAUAAUAAUGGGUGAAAGAGCAAUCGAUUAAAAUUUAAUCAAUCAAAUGUAAGAAACGCUACGUAAUUCCAGUUAAAACUUAUUUUCUACAUUACCUGAAGAUUGAUUCUUGAGGAAUUAGAAAUUCAACCACACCUUUACACUAACACUAGUGUUAACUUGCACAAUUCUGUUCAGUCUAAUUAAACGAAACGAGCAAUUCCAUUUAAAUUCUUUGUCAUCUAUGGUUAUUUUGGCUUGAAGCACUAAUUGGCACAAUUUAGUUAAUCUGAAAUCACUGAUGUGUUUUACAAAGUGAUUUUUGUUUUGUCCUCUUUAAAUGACCCCGGUGACAGGGGUGAUUAAUUACAUCGAAAGAUGUCUCUAGAUUUUAUCGCGCAAUUAAGAUAUUAGUUGUAAGAAAAGCAAUGAAAUAAGUUUGAAUUUAAUUUACUAGGAAGAUAUUUAUUAGCGAAUUCAUCUAAAAGUAUCACGCCUAAUGCAAAAUCGUAAAAUUUGUUCGUUAAAUUAAUUACGUAAAAGAAAAGUUAACGACGGCUCAAGUUGCAAUGAACAGCAAAAUUCAAAAUGGUAAUUGACAAGCAUUAAGGAAUGCAUGUGUUCAAAACAUGAAAAGUAGUCUACCAGUGCAAUUUUAAUGGACUGAAAUAUUGUUGUGUUAGUUUGGUAGUAUCAACUGAGUAAAUUGCACACCGUAAAGGGCUUCAAAGCUGACGUUCCCAGAGCUAGCCCUUCAUCAGAGCGAAUAGAAUAUUGAGGAAUGAAUAGAAUUUUGUUACUCUUAUGUAUAAACUGGCAAAAUACC